AUGUCAGUCGAAAGGGAUGCGGAUAUAAACACGCAAAAGUGGUGCCCAUAUGCUGCAGGUUUACCCAUCUAUUUUCGUGAAAGAAGUUCCUACGUCGACUGCGCUGUCAGCGGAAGACGAAGCCGCAGGAAGGCUCGCCGCCUCAAGUCACAGGACAACAGCCACGAGUGGCUGGACAAUGCAUGGGGAAUUGGGUUGGCUCCUCACUCGAAUGGACCAGGAGGUCGAGGCGCCGGAAAUAGCAGAGGGGUAACGGGGCUAGUCACGACCAUGGUGCUCGCACGGACAAGGAUGGUCGGCUGUGCCAGAUCCUUGGAACGACGGUGGUCUAGAAAGGUCGCCGCGCUAGGCUCUAGAAGUGGCCUACGUAGCAAGGAAAAACAGACUGCCGAAACCGCCCCCACAACAUCAGCCUCGCCCUCCCGGCCGACAUGCUCCCCUGACUGGGUGCAAAUUCCACGGAACUGGGGGAAGUCACUCCGCCCUGACGGGCUUGCUGCUGAGUGCCAUGAAGUCAAGCCCUUCGAAGGCCUUCGGUCUGGACAAGACGCCCUCGGUUGCAAAUAUCCUCUAGGACAAAUUUUCAAACUGCAAGGAAGGCCAACGGCCCCAUCGCCAAAGAGAAGCGGUGUGAUUGCCGGGGACUCCUGGGCCAUGAGAGACAGGGAUCGCAUUAUUAUUUUGCCUCCAUGCCCUCGGAAAAUCGAAUUGAGCUUGACUGGCCAUUGACAUACCAACAUCGUCACUGGUCAUCAUAUUACCCACUUCCGACUGACCUAGCGUCCUCGGGCUGGCUGGCCAUCGAUCACUAAGUGGAUCUAGUCAGGUACAGCAUGUCAAGUCUUUCUUCUGCGCAGACGAGCCUUGCGAAAAAAUGUCCGAACUGUGUGAUUAAUUGGUGCAGCUGCAAGCUGAUCAAGACUCAUCAUUCUGCCAUCGAUGGUAGCGCCUCAGAAGAACUUUGUAUCUCGGCGACUCUGCUUGAUCGACUAGCUGAAAUAGUUUUGCGGAGGAGAUGUUUACACGUAUGGAGCAGAACAUGCGUGAUUCAUACAUCAUUGCGUGCUGACCAGUUCGAACUAUCGAACCCACAGUACUAAAAUUCACAAUCCUAGAAUGGUACUGUGAUC